AAGGGCUGGGGUUUGCUGGGGCCCAGAAAUGAGCUUUUUGAUGCUGCCAAAUACCGGCUUCUCGCUGACCAGCUCGGCUGUCCCGACGAGAGGUGGUGCUCGGAGGGGAAGUGGCGCUCCAAGUCCGGACCUUCUCUCGCCGAUUUAUCCACCUGCUGGCGACGGAUGGAGCCGGACGACUCCAUCCAGCCCAUGGAGCAGGGCAGGAUGCCGAAAGCAAUGAGGAGGGAAGAGCUGGAGGAAGGGGAGCUGGAGGAAGGGGAACUGGAGGAAGGAGAGCUGGAAGAAGAAGCAAUCGACGUUUCUGAUUAUCUACCCAUGGCACAUCAGGACGCUCGAACCCCGGGCAGAGAUGCGAGCCGAGGGGGGGGUUCCAUUGAAAUGACAGACGACAACACUGCCAUCCGUGCCCUGACGCAGUUCCCGCUUCCCAAAAACCUUCUGGCCCAAGUGAUUCAGAUCGCAACCUCUUCCUCCACAGUCAAGGAGUACAUGCAGUUCCGUACGGUGGGCACCAAGACCAAGAUCUGCAAGCUCACGCUCCGCUGGCCCUGUCCCAUGACUUUUGCUGCCAAGGGCCGUCGCAAGGUGGAGGCAGAAAACAAAGCAGCAGCGCUGGCCUGUCAGAAGCUCAAG